CUACCUGUCUCCCCACCCUCGUCGUAAUUGAAGCAGAUGUAAAUUAUCAUUCGCGAUCAUUUUCUGUUUUCUAACUACACCAUUUGGUUUUCCUGAUAUUGUCUGAUCACAGUUUUAAAAGAACGCCCCUCUCUGAUCUAUGACAUUUUGUACACUUAAAGGAGUGUCACUUGUACGAGCAUUAGAGAAGAUGCGUCUGUGCUGUCGUGUUCAUCCCCUGGUUCGAGCCGCUUUUGCCGAAUUUAUUGGCACCUUCAUUCUUGUUGCCAUCGGAAAUGGAAGCGUAGCCCAAUCACAAUUGACCCAAGGCGAAAAGGGCAAUUAUUUCACUAUCAACUGGGGAUGGUGUAUUGGAUGUUGCCUUGGAAUUCUCGUUUCAGCUAAAGCAUCAGGUGGCCAUCUGAAUCCAGCAGUUACAAUGGCUCUUGCUGUGGCAAAAGAUUUCCCGUGGAAAAGGCUUCCAGUGUACUGGUUUGCACAGUACUUGGGAGCUCUGGCUGCGUCUGGUACUGUCCUUGGCGUUUAUUACGAAGCAAUUAUCGUUAGAAAAAUUGAUGGCAAAUUCAGGAUUCAUGCCAAUGCUUCUGAGCCCGGAUCGGCUGCCAUUUUUGCCAAUUAUCCGGCCCCUUAUUCGUCAGUUGUUACUGGUUUAGUAGAGGAGAUUUUAUGUACAACGAUAUUUAUGCUGGUUAUAUGCGUGGUAACAAAUCCAAAGUAUUCAAAAGUCCCCAGUUUUUUGCAGCCGUUCUACAUUGGUUUCACUCUUUUGGCCGUCGGAGUGGCUUACGGAUCUAAUGGAGGAUACGCUCUUAACCCGGCUCGUGAUUUGGCUCCUCGACUUGUUUCUUAUUUCGGUGGAUUUGGAUCACGCGUAUUCAGUUUCCGUGGAUACAAUUGGUUUUGGAUCUUUUUGGUUGGGCCGCAUGUUGGAGCCAUUCUGGGUGUAUUUAUCUUUCAUUUUAUUCUCAUGGAAACGGACCAACCAGCGAGCGUAGAAGAAAAAAUGAAUAGUUCGCAGUUGCCAAUCGUGGAUUACGAAUAUGAAAUGGCGAAUGAGCUGGACGUCAAACCUCAAGCCAAUAACAGCAAAGCUUCUGAGCCGCGUCUGCAAUAUCAAUGUGAAGAAUACGUUGACAUCGCAUCGCCAAUUUAAACUUUUCUUCGAUGUUCCGCCGUCUGUCCGUAAGCAAAAGUCAACCUUAGUACAUUUAUUUUACGGUAAUUGACACAAGGUUACGGUCGUGUUGUAUUUAAUGAUGUGAUUUGCGUUUGGUAUUACUAAUUUACUAUGCUUCCUGUGAUCUGAGUAUAGCUGGAUUUUAUCGUUAGUUACUGGUUGUAACCCUAGGAACACAAAUUUUCCCAAUUCUUUUUUUUUUUUACUAUUAUUAUUUAAGAUGGCUUUUUAAAAAAAAAUCAAUAAUUCGUGUUUAAGUAUAAUUGUCCUUUGAAAAAUAAUUUAAUGAUGCAUUGCCGUGGAAUCAUCUGGCUGGAGCUUAACUGUGUAAGCCUUUUUACGAUCAAAUACAAGAGAUGGAAAGCUUU